CGACGUUCCAUCAGCACUUUUUCAGUGAACACAGCGACAUCCUCCUUUAAGGCUGACGUCGUUUCCCUGAGUCACCGCGGGGCAGCGGCGCUCUGCGGCAGCUCGUCUUCACCUCAACGGCCCUCCGGCUCCUGAUGACCCACGUGGGUCCGAGCUGCCGCGACAUGACAGCUUUAGCCCCGCCUCCCGCACCGCUGACCACCAGUAGGAACUCAUCUCCCGCUCAAUCCCCGACCAAUCACAGCAGCCCUCCAGAGAAGGAGGAGGUGCUGCGGGACAAGGAGCGCCGCGCCCAGCAGCAGCUGGACCGCUGCGCCGAGGAGCGAGGGAGGAAGAUGGAGGUGCAGAAGAGGAAGGAGCAGCAGCGCCGGGCGGCCGCCGGCGAGAAGAGGCGCCAGCAGCAGGAGGCCGAGAAGGAGAGGCUGGAGGCCCUGGUCCGCCGGAGAGCAGGAGGCGCCGAGAGACGAGGAGGAGGAGGGGGAGGAGGAGGGGAGGAGGAGGGGGGGGAGGCUCGAGACCACCUGGACAACAGGCCUAAGCGCUGGACCUGGGGAGGACCGCCUGACGGAGUGGAGGGUAACCCUAAGACCCCGCCCUGCCCUGCCAUUGGCUCCGCUCUGUCCAAUGAGCUUCCUGCUGCUUCCUCCAGCGCCAGACAAUCCCGUAACGUGAGUGACUUCCUGUCUCCGCCCGGCAUGGAUCAGCCAAUCAGCAAGCAGCUCUCCACCUCGUCAGCUGCCCUCCACUCGCCAGAGAGAGUGUCUUUUGUGUCCCAUCGAACAGCUUCCCCCAGCAACCACAGACCAAACAGAAGUUCCUCCAACCGCAGGAGCAUCGCCGGACUCCCCGAGGACACGUCCAGAGGCAAAGCGUCCCCGGGGGAAAACCUAAACGCACCGGCCCGCAGUAGUUCCUUCAGGGGCAACAGCAAGGGCCCUGCUACACCCAAACGGGUGAGGUCAAACAGGAGUCGGGCCCAGUCUCCCUGCUCCCCCGGCCAGUACCCCCCCUCCCCUCUGCGGCACAGGGCCACCACCCCCGGCUCCGACGACAGGGGUCACCCCGAGGUCAAAGGUCACAGCACCCUGGAGAGGAAAUGCACCAAAUCUGAGACCUCUGAGAAAAAGAUUCCCAAAUCCACCAGCAAAGAACUGAAUGCAGAGUCCCCGGGGACGCCGACGGGACGGAGCGUCGGCGGGACGACGGAUGCCGAGGAGGCGUCCCGCCUGCUGGCCGAGCGGCGCCGCCUGGCUCGCAUACAGAAGGAGCAGGAGGAGAGACAGCGGCUGGAGGAGGAGAGGCUGAGGGCCGUGGAGGAGCAGAGGAGGCAGCAGGAGGCGAGGGAGCGGCAGGAGAGGGCGGCGCUGCAGGCCGAGGAGGAGAAGGCGAGGCGGGAGGAGGAGAGGAGGAACCGGGAGGACGAGGAGAGGCGGCAGAAGGAGCAGAGGUGGAAGGACAUGCAGGACCAGCUGGACAGAGAGAGGGAGGAGGCCGUGCUGAGAGCCCAGAGGGAGGCGGAGAGGAAGAGGAAGGAGAGGGAGCUGCUGCACAUCCAGGAGGAGCAGGAGAGGCUGCAGAGGAAGAAGAGGAUCGAGGAGAUCAUGAAGAGGACGAGGAAGAGCGAAGCGGAGCCGCUGUCUGGUGCUGCAGCCGCGGCCCUGUUGGAGGACGACGCCCCCCCCACUCCGGCCGAGGCCCCCGUCAUCCUGCUGGGACCCCUGGAGAAUAAGAGCUUUGUGGACGAGCUGUCUGACGGAGUACAGUCCAUGGACGUCAGUUCUCCAUCUGUCUCCAUCAGUCCAGUGUCCAGGGACGAGCAGCCCAGCGCCCACGAGUUCUCCCCGCUCGCCGAGGGGCCUGAAGGCUGCACCUUGGAGCACCUCAUGGACCUGGAGGCCCACGGCCGGGGGGAGACCCCCGCCUACCCCAAACUGCAGGCCGGCAGCGGGGUGGGGGACCUCAACAAGAACCUUCUGAUCCAAGCCUACAGCGUGGCCUCCGAGUCCUCCCAGCUCAUCCACAGCGUCGGGCCGAGCAAGCUGGACGUCCAGUAGCACCACGAUCCACAUUUCACCCGCGGAACCGACGCAGAGCGACAGCUUCACGUCCGCAUCAGCAGACGACACUAACAGCUCGGCUUGUGGCCACAUGGAGGCAGACGGACGACACCCCCCCCCCCUCCUCCCCCCCGGCUCAGAUUAGACAAAAGUACAGAGGAGGAAGUCGUUGUAGUAGAGUUCAGGUUCAGCGUCGACUUAGUAAAUUGUGCUUGUGCUUAUUUAGUCUUUUUUCUUCGUUUGAUCUCUGCGUCAUUCUGUGGAAAUAUACUAAAAUCCUUGAGUAUAUAUUCACAUUCUACAGUAUCUCCCUACAUUGUAGUCUGAUGCAAGUUACCAGAUCAUUUAAAUAUUCGUGUUAAAAAGAUAGAAAUGUUUCAGCGUCACGUGAAGGAGCUUCUCCUCUUCCUCCUUCUUCCUCUUCCUGGCGAAGCUGGAUUCGUCUGUCUGCAGCGCCUCAACCUAUAACUCAAAGUAUCUCAUCCCUGCUUUUUGUCGGCCUCUGUAAAUAGCCCUGUGCGGGUGGAGGAGUCUGCAGCAGCUCAUGUUUGGGGGGCAGAAUAAAGAGCGACGUAGCGUCCGGUUGGUGCUCGUAGCGUGUUCUCCUGACAAAAACAAACUAAAAAGCUGCUGUAGAUUUACCGUCGCCCCCGACGACCAUCAACGACCUACGACCCCCCCCAUGAGCUCUCAUCUGGUGGCUUGGCUUUGUGUUGCUUCCUGCCGGUGGGGGUAAAUGUUGACAGGGUGUGUUGUGUAUCUGACUGUAACCACGCUAGCUGCAGCUUCAUCGUGUGUGUCACUGCUCCCAAACCCCCCCCACGCCCCCCACAGCUGAAACAUACCCCUCUGACGGGCAACAGGAAGAACAAAUACCCCACCGCGGGGCAAAAGCAUGAAAGACGAGUCUCUCGCUCCUUUCUGCUGGAGAAUAUUUCAUUCCUUCAGUGUUCAUAAUCAGCCACAAAGAAAACUACAUUUCUGACUAUUUAAGGAUCAUUUUAUUUUAUUGGGGUUUACUUUUAAUGUUCUAAAUCAUUUUUUAUUGUUUGUUUGAUUUUUGCUGGGAAAUUGUCAGACGUCGGCCUUUAAAAGCCGUCGGAUGGCAUCGUGGUCCCACGUGUGUCGUCCGGACUAUUACGCUCCUUUAGUGCUUUUAACAUUUAAUUCAUGUCACUGUCCUAAACAUUUGGAUAAGCCUUAAAAAUAGAAACACACACAGAAUAUACUUCUUCAUUUGAAUAAACCUUCCAGAUGACGCAACCUCGGCGUCCUCAGUCACGGGGACAAUGUUCCCUCAUCACCGCGGCAACCUUCGGCACAUUCUUCUGUGCUUUUCCCCCCAGCUCGCUAUUCCUCCACAUUGGGCUGAAGCUCAUCAUUCCCCGGGUGCUUGUAUAUGAAGUUAAAAAUAAAGGACACAAUGUUUAUGCGAUAUUAUAGAACUCUGUGUCACUGCAGCUUGGUGGAAUAUAUCAUUGUAGAUGUGGUGCAUGGAUAACUGCUGAAGAAGAACAAUAAACUUCAUCCAGCCGUCGCUGAGACGGAUUAAUAAGAAAUGGCAAACUGACACCUUGGGUUCGAGGGGACGAGAAAAGAGUCAAAAAUGUAUAAGAUGUUUCAUCUUUGACAUUCAUAAUGAGGGACUUAUGAAAUGACAAAUGUAGUGUAGAGCUUAAUGCAGCCACUUUUAUUUAUCAUUAUAUCUCACUGUGUGUCGACUUUAUGCUGCACUGAAAUUAAAACUGAACUGCAAAAAUCA